AUGUGUAAGGAAGAGAAAACAGAGAGAGUGAAUGAGUUUGGAAAGACGGCACCAGGAGAGAGCGAGAGAGAGAGUGGGAGUAGAGGCAGAGAAUCGGGAGAGAGUUACUGCAGGAUACUACAGAGAGAGAGAGGGGGUAGAGGCAGAGAAUCGGGAGAGAGUUACUGCAGGAUACUACAGAGAGAGACGGGGAGUAGAGGCAGAGAAUCGGGAGAGAGUUACUGCAGGAUACUACAGAGAGAGAGGGGGAGUAGAGGCAGAGAAUCGGGAGAGAGUUACUACAGGAUACUACAGAGAGAGAGGGGGAGUAGAGGCAGAGAAUCGGGAGAGAGUUACUGCAGGAUACUACAGAGAGAGACGGGGAGUAGAGGCAGAGAAUCGGGAGAGAGUUACUGCAGGAUACUACAGAGAGAGAGGGGGAGUAGAGGCAGAGAAUCGGGAGAGAGUUACUGCAGGAUACUACAGAGAGAGAGGGGGAGUAGAGGCAGAGAAUCGGGAGAGAGUUACUGCAGGAUACUACAGAGAGAGAGAGGGGGUAGAGGCAGAGAAUCGGGAGAGAGUUACUGCAGGAUACUACAGAGAGAGAGGGGGGUAGAGGCAGAGAAUCGGGAGAGAGUUACUGCAGGAUACUACAGAGAGAGAGAGGGGGUAGAGGCAGAGAAUCGGGAGAGAGUUACUGCAGGAUACUACAGAGAGAGAGGGGGAGUAGAGGCAGAGAAUCGGGAGAGAGUUACUGCAGGAUACUACAGAGAGAGAGGGGGAGUAGAGGCAGAGAAUCGGGAGAGCGUUACUGCAGGAUACUACAGAGAGAGACGGGGAGUAGAGGCAGAGAAUCGGGAGAGAGUUACUGCAGGAUACUACAGAGAGAGAGGGGGAGUAGAGGCAGAGAAUCGGGAGAGCGUUACUGCAGGAUACUACAGAGAGAGAGGGGGGGUAGAGGCAGAAGACGAGUGCAGCACAAAGAAUUAGUGAACACAGACUGACUGACAGACAGACAGACAGACAGACAGACUGACUGACAGACAGACUGACAACCCAGAGAAAUACAGACACAGAGACGUCAACGAACAAAAGACAGUAUUUUAGUCCAACUGGAAAACUGGAGCAAGUGAAUUAUUAGGUGAAGAGCCAGAACAGCGGAGAUGAGACCGCGCGAACGAGAGGAGUAAGAAGACGGGCAUGGUGAGAGAGAGAGAGAAAAGACAAUACAUCCCAGAGCUUUAGGGAAACCAUUUGUUGUUGCUUUGACUCUGUUUGCCAGAGUUUUUAAUGAGAAACUUUGGGAGAAGUAGAUCCAAUCUGUACUGAAGUUGGACUUGUCAAACUCUGCAUGUAAACUCAUUCACUCCAAAGGUUUGACCUACAUUACCCUCUGUGUGUGAGACCUGACCAGGCCAAGGGGAAAUCCAAGAUGGAGGUGAGGGAGGAGAUGUUGUACAUCCUGAAUAAGGUGUGGACUAAACUACAGAACCUGCCUCAGGCCAACUCACUGGAGCUGGGGGCGUUCUUCAUGAUCAUCCUGUUCGUCGCUACAUUCUUGUUUAUUAUUGUGCUGUCCUGCGUUCGCUGCUGUUGCUGUGGAAAGCUUAAAUCCCGAGUCCAGCCCUUACAGUCUGUCUGAGGAGGAGACAUUGGCCCAGUUACAAUACAUAGAACAUUUAAGGAAGGGAGGAAACAGCAAUCCCAGGGAAGAACUAGUCUUAGAAUCGCCUGGACAAUGUAACUUGGAGGGGACAGACAGACUGCUCUGCAACCAGCCUGAGGAAUCUGUGUGUGUAUAAAGACUGAUGAGCAAUGGCCGACUCAUUAACACUACGUAGCAGUAGCUUUAAACAGACAAUGACACUCUAUAAACAGAGAACUGUUAACAUUGCUUCUGUGCUGUUGUUUUGUCUGAGGACACAAACCACGACGAGGGUUGAAAGACCCACCCAAGUUUUAUCCUGCUUUCUCAUGUGAUUUGACCUGGAAGAGCCGAUAGGUUUUAUGUUGUAAGUUUUGUAGGUCUAUAGAAGGAAACAUUUAAAAAAAACUUGCUCGGAUUUCAAUCUUGUUGUGUUUAACAGAGUCGUUUUAAUGUCCAGAAUGUAAAACCCAUCUCUGUUCUCCUUCAAGAUGACUCUAUAGAAAACGUGCUGAAGUUCCAAACUUGUUUUUGUGUGGCUGUUUUCCAGUGGAAAAGAACGGACAGUCAUAUAGAGAGUGCCCUCUGCUGGUGCAAUGAAGACAAUACAUUUACGCAACUGGUAUAAUAAGUGUGGGGUGACCCACUGUCAAUGGCAAUCCUGGAACAAUUAGGGUUAAAUGCCUUGGGCAAAGACAGGUUUUUCACCUUGUCCCCUCUGGGAUUUGAACUAGUGACUACUGGCCCAGUGCUCUAACCUCUAGGCUGCCUGCCACAGCUGAAAAAAGUGUUGUACAUUAUUGAUGCAGUAUUGUAGAAAUAGUAGUAAUAUCUUGUCACGAACGUUGUUGUAAGAAUCAGACCAAAAUGCAGCGUGGUUUGGGUUCAUCAUGGUUUAUUAUGUGUACCGGCACAAAAACAAUAAAGCGAAACGACCGUGUAGCUUUGUCGUGCUCAAUGGCAACAAUACAAAAACAAGAUACCACAACCAACAGGUGGGAAAAGGCUGCCUAAAUACGAUCCCCAAUCAGAGACAACGAUAGACAGCUGCCUCUGAUUGAGAACCAUACCAGGCCAACAUAGAAAUACAAAAACUAGAGUACCCACACUAGUCACACCCCGACCUAACCAAAUUAGAGAAUUAAAGGCUCUCUAAGUUCCAGGGCCUGACAUAUCUGUUGCCUUACAGAUGGCAAAUCGUGAUUAUCAUUAGUUCUACUGUUACUGUACCAUCACCGAUUCAUUGUACAUCAAUCAUUUGGAGUGAAACAACUUGUUUUGGGAUUAUAUUCAUCUGUAGUUGUCAUUUGAGAAGUAAAAAGUUUAGCUUUACUUAAUGUUUAAGUGCAAAUAAAAUAUAGUACAGUAAAUAAUUAAAA